UCCAGUCACGACUCCAGCUUCCCCGCUCCCUUCCUACCAAUACUCACCAUAUCAUACCGAACGCCCUGCCCGCCUGAACUCGCCUGUCACGCUACAAUGGCUUCCCGAAAACCCAACCUCAGGAUCCCCUUGCCCGACGCCCAGCAUAGUGAAAUCCAACGUCCCACCACUAGCUCACUACGGAGCCCGCGCUUUAUCGAGGAUUUUAACGCACCGUUCUCAGAAGCUCUCAUGAACGCCUCAAGGACGACACUCGCGACAGACACCAUGACUUACCCUUCAACUUCCACCAAUGGCCGUACCAGUUUCGGAGGCGAGAGUGGUCGACGACCAUCUUUCAGCACAAGGCAAUCAGGCUUGCAAUCACCAACGCCCUUGCGCCUACGCCACUCCUCCUGGGAAUCAGAGACCAAGCGCCGGUCGACCGUCAACGAUCGGAUCCGGGAAUGGGCCAGGAAAUCAUGGGGCGCCGUUCGAAACCGCUCCGAGCCGAAGGGUGAUUAUUUCGAGAGCAACCCGAACCAUGGUCAGAGCAGCGCUAGGCUAUCCCCUUCACCAAGCGAUAUUUCUCCCUCGGAAUCUGAAGCGCCGGUGAGAAGCGCCACGUUCUCUCAAGCCGUUGUCAACAUGAACGAGGUGUCAUCAUCGAGGUCAGGAUGAGGCAAUGGACGAGACAAUGUGCCGAGAAGCUGUGGUACACGGGUUCCACAGUCAUGGGUUGAUUCCUGCAUAAGAAGUGCAUAC